ACGACGCGUUUAUCUGACGCCACUUCCUGUUUAACUGCUGAUGUUCCGGGCGCGGAUUUUUGAAAACAACAAGAAUACAUUUGCGUUUAUAUUCACGCCAUAAAACGGCUCAGUAUGGCAUCUAUCAGAGACUAUAAUGUUGUGGAGCAGUUCAACAGCAGACUGGAGGAGAUCAGGACCAAACUGCUGGACCAGGCCAUGGGAGAGCUGCUCAAUGACAGGGUGGCAGAACUCUGUCAGGAACACAGGCAGUACAUGAAGUCCGUCUUGGGUACUUGUUUUAAGAAAUGCAAGGAGGAUGAAAACAUGUUUGACAUGAUACAAACAUUCAAAGAAGAUUUGAAAGAGGAAACAUCUUCACUGAAAGAGAAGAGUGCUGAACAUCUUGAGGUGGUGUCAGCGAUUGAAGACAAAGAGCAUCACAAGGCGCUCUUAUUCCAGAGAAUCGAGAAGCUCAAGAAGGAUCAGGCCAAACACAGGGAAUUGAUUCAGUCACAAAAUAAAGCCAACAAGGACAGACUGAAAAAUCUGAACAUAUGUAAAGACAUCUUUCAGAAACACCUCAGUCUUGAGAUCAGAAAAAUCCAAGGUGAGAAGCUGCAGUUUGUCUUCAGGAACAUCAGUCGUAAAGAUCCAGACAUGGUCCAUACGUUCCUCCUACAGCUCGAUGCAGAGGGCGUUUACCACAUUGUCUCCUGUGACCCUCCUCUGGAGAAAAUGGCACAUCUAGAGCGCAGACUGCAGGAGACCAAUAACUUUCCCGCCUUCCUUGCAAACGUCCGGAGAGAGUUUGUGGCACUUCACAGUGGCGCAAAGACAGCCUGACUGACGAACAAAAGCCGAUUUUUCAUUUCAGAUCCAUUUAAAACGGUCAGAGACCCAGACACCGUUUUUAUAGACGUUUAGCACAUACAGUAUAUUGAGCUUUUAUUUACCUAAACCAUCAGUAAUUACUUAAUAUGAAAU